UGGGGUUAUCCAGCGGCGCACCCUCCAUAAUUGGGACGUGCACUUUCAGUUGGCGGCCAACUGAAGAUGCCAGUUCGCGGCUCGUUGUGCGCCCGCGACCGCGAAGCGUCCGAGGCAGGACCACCGAGAGACGCGCGGCGACCGCCGCAAAGUUCCGUACCCUGUGGCUCAGGCUCAGGUCAAUCUUUGGCUACAUCUCAGGUUUCGCAGUAUCGCUUACGAGUCGUGAUGCGGCGGGCGUUGCUCGAAGCCGACGCGUCGCCUCCCCCCAGCCGUUCUGGCAUUCCUGGCGUCAAUCUUGUGUGCGGCUUGCUAGCGCUUACGACGAGGACACACGAUCUUGCGUUUCAGUCUUCACCUCUCAGCCGGCGCGCUUGGCUCUGCAAUAUCGUUGCAUUGGCAUAUUUUUUCUGGACUGUACCUGAUAGUUUGUCUAGUUUACUGGCUUUCAUUGUUAACAUUGUUUAUAUCAUGAUCUGUAUAGUGACGCAGUUGUUGGUUCCCCCGCAGUCGUGGUGGCUGGAUGUCGUCAUUGUGGCGGUAGGGGUAACGUUGUGUUUGUUUUGGUUGGAGUUUAGUGGCGACGAGCGUACAACAAAAGCAGAAGAGUGUUUUGUUGUGAUGCUGGUUGAGCCGAUCAUCUGGGUUCUGGCUGGCGUUCAUGUGGAGGUUUGUCUGUCAGGUAUUAUCGUUUUCCAUUUGGUCGCCGUGCCCAUGGGGUUGAGUUCCUUCGUGGUGGCCGCCUGCAGUUGCAUGUUGUCAUGCAUUAGUUCGAUUGGACUGUUCGUUUGCAUAUCGGCGUGUACUCUUUAUGUGUUUUCAUUGCAAGCAGAUAUGGAGCGGAUUAUCGAAAGCAGUUAUGGAACUGCUACAGUGGAGCUCCCACGCGGGUUUAUAGUUACAGCUUGCCCUCGAUUUCACCAUAUUGUCGCGGUCGAGUGUGUGGUAGGUCAACAACUUCGGAGUUUUCUAAUUCCGGAUGAUCGCGCAAAGUUGGAUGAUAUGUUGUCAUCUGCGACCGACGGUGGUUUCAGAUCUAUUUUGGCCACCUUCCAACAUCCUAAUGGUUGCUCGUUGGAUGCGACGCUCGUUCCUUACAGCGGGAACUCCAGAACAGUAAAAGUGUGUGUUCAAUCCCAAGGCGAAGUUCGCCACGUGGGCAUCGAAGAAGCGAGAAGCCAGACAGGAAUCCCGCGUGAAACCAUGGAACCCUCAAUAAUUUUGCCACAGGGGUGUCAUCCUUGAACUGCGCAUGGCGAUGCCAACGUUGCCUCGCGUCUGCUCGUGACUGGGGGAAUAUCACAACAGAAAAUUCUGACGGCAUCUCACUGCCUAGUUUGCCUCCAGCAGCACCGCGAUCUACCGCAGAUCCUGGGCCAGGAUUGCCGCUGCGCAGGGAGCUGUUGCGUAAUGGUCAACGCGAUUUGCUUCUCGCGAUAUUGGAGAGUUGGCGUCCACAAGUGUACCACGAGACCACACUUGCUCUGCAGCAGUGGGAUCAUACUACAACCCAGCUUGCGACACAGUUACGGCACUUAGCAGAGCAGAGGCGCCGUGCGGAAUUUGACGAGGCGAGCGCGUUGAUCCUAGAUUUGCAACUUGUGGCUUUGCGUGUAUCGUCGCAGUUUGGAGCCAGGGGCUUAGGUAUUGCGACGUGUUGGCCAAUUGUGAUAAGUUUUAUCCUUGGUAUUGACCCUCUGAACCAUAUCGUAUAUGUUUGGCCACUAUUGCCUCUUAUUUCUCCGCCGUUGCCAGAUAUUGAAAGCCACCGUGAGUGGACCGCCAGCGUGUGGACCAUGAUGGCGAGGCGCAUACCGUGGGCGCCUCCAGCAGCUGGGCACUAGCGUAAUCAGAGCCAUCAAUCAAGCGGCUCACGGCAAGUCCUGCCGCCGUGCCAUCUCGCCACUGGCCUUGCUCUACUCGCCUCCCUCCACACAGCUUCCCCGCCUCUGCGUCCUCCUCGUCUCACCACGGGGCAUUCUUCGCGAUUGUAGGAGAAAAUCGGGGCGUCCGAAGGCACGUGCCGGAACGCUUCCCGUGGGCAGCCCGAAGGUAUUUGCCAGGGCGCUCCCUACUUAGGCACCAGAAUCUAGACUUCCAAGAGGCAUCUACGGUAGGCCUGCGGCGAUGACACAUCGACAAGAUUAACGAGGGCUGGAAUCACUGUGCAUCCCCGCAACGGAAAACAAAUUGC